UUUCAGAUGUUCAUUGGUGAUGGGGCAAAGCUCGUUCGAGAUGCCUUUGAGAUGGCAAAGGAGAAGGGCCCCUACAUUAUUUUUAUUGAUGAUAUUGAUGCAAUUGGAACAAAGCGUUUUGACACUGAAGUUAGUGGUGACAGAGAAGUGCAACGAACUAUGUUGGACUUGCUAAAUCAGCUAGAUGGAUUUAGCAGUGAUGAGAGGAUAAAGGUGAUAGCUGCAACAAAUCGGGCAGAUAUUCUUCAUCCUGCUUUACUCCGUUCUGGUCGCCUGGACCGAAAGAUUAAGUUCCCUCAUCCGACGGAAGAAGCAAGAGCUAGAAUUUUGCAAAUUCACUCAAGAAAGAUGAACGUACAUCCUGAUGUCAACUUUGAGGAGCUGGAUCGUUCAACUGAUGAUUUCAACGGUGCACAACUGAAGGCUAUUUCUGUGGAAGCUGGCAUGCUUGCCCUACGUAGGGACGGUACAGAGGUGAUCCAUGAAGAUUCCAAAGAAGGCAUUAUCCAGGUGCAAGCAAAGAAGAAGUCCAGCUUGAAUUAUUACGCUUACUUUCCCUUAAGUAAUCAGAAUGCUUGGUCCUGUGAUGACCGCUGUUUGUAAUAUAGUUUAAUUCCCGAAUCCUCCUUAUUGUGUGAAGCAUUCUUGCUUUUGCGCCUGUACCUGAAGAAAUUAUUUCUA